AAACCACGUACACCGAUGAUCAGACAGUCUCUACUGGAUGCUAGCUGGCUAGCAGGCUAGCUCACGGUCUGUCAAGUCGCACACAUUGAGCCAGGAGGGGAGAAGCGGCGGCGAAGAAGAAGCAGCAGCAGAAGCAGGGCGACCCCAGCGCCUGCGACGACAUGGCCGGCCAGCAGUUCCAGUACGAUGACAGCGGCAACACCUUCUUCUAUUUCCUGACGUCCUUCGUGGGACUCAUUGUGAUCCCGGCCACAUAUUACCUCUGGCCCCGGGAUCAGAAUGCUGAACAAGUGCGUCUGAAGAGCCUGAGGAGGGUCCACGGCCGGUGUCUGUGGUACCGGCUCCGGCUGAUGAAGUCCCAGCAGAGCAUCGUCCCAACAUUAAAGAAAGCAGCCUUGUUAUUUGGGUGGGCUGUGUUUCUGCUGCUAGCCUACAAGGUGUCCAAGCUGGACAGAGAGUACCAGGAGUACAAUCCUUAUGAAGUCCUCAACUUGGACCCGGGUGCGUCUCUGUCAGAAAUCAAGAAGCAGUACCGUGUACUGUCACUGAAGUUCCACCCUGACAAAGGUGGUGAUGAGGCCACAUUCAUGAGAAUUGCCAAAGCCUACGCCGCUCUGACCAAUGAACAGUCGCGAAAGAACAUGGAAUUGUGGGGUAAUCCAGAUGGACCAGGAGCUACGAGCUUUGGUAUUGCCCUACCUGCCUGGAUCGUUGACCAGAAGAACUCAAUGCUGGUGCUAUUGGUUUAUGGACUCGCCUUCAUGGUCAUCCUUCCUGUCGUUGUGGGCACGUGGUGGUACCGCUCGAUACGCUACAGUGGAGACCAGAUCCUCAUCAACACUACCCAACUCUUCAUGCAUUUUAUGUACAAGACGCCAAACAUGAACAUGAAGCGGUUGGCCAUGGUGUUGACGGCGGCGUUCGAGUUCGACCCUCGCAGCAAUAAAGAAGCUACAAUACGACCAACAGACAACAUAGAAGUGCCACAGUUGAUCCGGGAAUUAGGAAAUAUUAACGUGAAGAAGAAGGAGCCUCCGUUCUGCUAUCCCUACAGUUUAAAGGCCAGGGUCCUGGUGCUCGCUCACCUGGCUCGUAUGGAUGUAUCAGAGGAGUUGGAAGAAGAUCAGAGGUUUGUGGUGAGAAAGAGUCCGCCUCUCCUGCAAGAGAUGAUCAACGUCGGCUGUCAGCUCACUAUGAUGGCCAACAGCAGAGGAGGUUUCCACGCUCCUCGGCUGGUAACCAUAGAGAACUGCAUGAAGCUGACGCAGAUGAGCGUGCAGGGCCUGCAGGAGUCCAAAUCACCACUCCUGCAGCUGCCCCACUUUGAGGAGGAGCACCUCCGCUACUGCAUCUCCAAGAAGUAUAAAGUUCGGAGCCUUCAGGACCUGGUGAGUCUGAAGGACUCGGACAGACGCAGCAUGUUGCGUUUCCUGGGGGAGGAGAAGUACGAUGAGGUCAUGUCUGUGCUGGGCAGCUUCCCUCACAUCACUAUGGAUACCAAACUGCAGGUGCUUGAUGAUGAAGACAGCAAUAACAUCACCGCAGGCUCUAUCGUCACAGUAACUGUUACCUUAACCAGGAAACGGAUGGUGGACAUGUUUGAAAAAGAGCAGGAUGCAUUACCGUGUACAGGAGAGGAGGUCGCCACUACAGAGGAAGCACAAGCAGACGCAAGUAAAGCCAAAACCAAAGUGUGGCAGAACAAGAGUAAAGGAGCCAAGAAAACAGCCAAGUCCAAGAAGAAAAAAUUAACGAAGAAGAAGCCCGCUCCUGCGCCUGCCAAAACCAAACAGGCCAACGGCAACGUGGCAGGAAACGAAGUCGUAGCAGCAGCAGCAGCAGCAGCAGCAGCAACAGCAGCAGCAGCAGCAGCAGCAGCAGCAGCAACACCAGCAGCACCAGCAGCAGUAAAGGAGGAAGAGGAUGAGGCAUCAGACAAGGGCAGCGAAUCAGACGAGGGCGAAGCCACCAAGGACUCUCCCAGUGAGCGAGACGAAGACAGCGACAAGCAGAGCGACACAGAGGUGGACGAGAUUGCUGGAGACGACGAAGAGGAGUGGGAGGCGUUGCAGCAAAGCAUCCAGCGGCGAGAGCGGGCGCUGCUCGAGACCAAGUCGAAGGUGACUCACCCCGUCUACAGCCUCUACUUCCCCGAGGAGAAGCAGGAGUGGUGGUGGCUGUACAUCGCCGACCGGCGAGAUCAGACCCUCGUCUCCGUGCCCUACCACGUGUGCACGCUACAAGACACAGAAGAGGUGGAGCUGAAGUUCCCGGCUCCUUCCAAAACGGGGAACUACCAGUAUUCAGUCAUCCUCCGCUCUGAUUCCUACCUGGGACUGGACCAGAUCAAACCACUAAAGCUGGAGGUCCACGAGGCCAAGGCCAUGCUGGACAACCACCCCCAGUGGGACAUCCCCGACACGGAGGAGGAGGACGAGGAGCAGGAGGACAGCGACGGCAUAGAGGAGAGUGAAGACGACGACGAGGACAACGACUGAACGGGGACACACACAUUCGCGCACACACACACACGCUCAGCCUUCUCCCAUGGACUGGCCACACACCCACCCCUGACCCCAUGAACGGCAGAGAGAGAGAGCGAGAGAGCAGCGAGGAGCAGCGAUGCCCUGCCUGACACACACACAGACACACGAACACACACACACAGAUCCAUUAGGGCAAUUUAUACACACAGAGCCCUCCUGCUCUUCCUCGUCUAUGUUACCCUUACAAUGACAUGGACUGUGACCAUUUCCUCUUUUCUACAGAGACUCGUUCCUUUGCUUUCCGUCGCUGGCGGAAGAGAAAUCUGUGAAUACUUAACCAGGCCCAUGUGUGCGAGUUGGUGUGCAUGUGAGGCGGUGUGCGUGUAUGCUGCGCUGUUUGUAGCCUUGUAUGUGUUUGUACAGGUAUGAAAGGUUGACACACUGUGGACUGGAGGACCUAUUAAUCUGGGCUCUUUUCUCGAAGGGAGCCAGAGGGGAUGUGUAACAGCUAAUUCCAUUUUUUUUGCAACAUUGACGAGAAGAAAACAACAAAAAAACACCCGACCUCAUGACGUAACUCGCGCUCCCAACUUUUUUAAAAAAUCACUCACGCACCGAUGUUUUCCACGUCAAUGAUACCUUCUAUUGUACACUUUAAACUGCAGAAGUGUGAGCUUUAGCCCUGUUCGUCGGGGAUCACGUCCAAGUCAACACUUUGGCAGGGGCACUGUUAAAUCUUUUUUUUUUCUUCUUUUUAUUUGGUCACACUAGCCAGCCAGUCACGUGUAUGUACUUGUAAUUACUGUAUGUUGAAGGGGAUGGAUACUGGUCUCCUGUCAGUUCUGUCCAUGAUCCACAUCUAAUAAUGAAUUCUAACCUGAAGUUAAAUGAGGCGAUAAUGACAA